CGUCGUCCUGCCGGUGUUGACUUUUGAGUGACUUGCAUGAACAUGACGUCCCGCAGAAAAACUAAGAAAAACUCCAAUGAGAGUACAGAGGAAAGAAGGACACCCAGGAAACGAGGAAGGGCCGAAGGUUCUACAUCCAGUACUGCUGCAGUUACCCCACCAGAGACUGGGCGGGGCCAGAGUAGGAGUGCCACACAAACCAGUCCAUCGCAGGUUUCCCCGGAAUCACCGCCAAGAAAAUCCCUUCGAAAUGCUGCCACACCAGAUAAUCCACGGAGAACUAGCCCAAGGGGAGUUGAUGGGGGACUCAGACCUGCUGCAACCAAGGAAUCUCCUAAAAGUGUUUCUCCUAGAGGAAGAGGUCGGGGAAGUCGUAGGGGAAGUACAGAUUCUAGUGCCAGCAGUGUGGGGAAUGUCAGUGUUGCCUCUUCUUCCACUCCACGUAAACGAGGGCGAAGAGGGAGCAACAGUUCAGGAGUAAGUGCAACUUCAGAGAGCUCACAGGCUACACCAAGUAAGCAAACCAACAGAGGACGUAAAAGAAAUAAAUCCAACACUCCGCCUGCAGUUCUUUCAAAGAAAACCAAUGGAGCAUCACCUCAGUAUUCACCUAGAACCACUAAAAGAAUGAAGGCCAGUAACCCAGCAGGAACCUCUGGACCAGCUGCAAAUGGGCGAAAUGGUCGCAGAAUUCGGAGCAAAAGGGGAGUGAGUGAAACGCCACCGAAGGAAGACCUAGAUGGUGGCACAGAUGAUGAAGAGUUGUCUCAUUCAAGAACUGGUGAGAACAGUACACUUGAGAACUCAACAGACAUUUCGAACCUUGAAACAUCAGGAGAACUGCACAACAACACAUCUCCUAAUGCCAGUGAUGUUGAAGAGGGAGAAGGUGGGGUUAGUAAAGGUGAAACUAUUCAACAUGUUGAUGAUAAAGAGUCAGGUGAAUCCAUAAAUAAAGAUCAAUUAGUGAACAGCAGGGAGGUUCAGCAACAAAAUGAAAAAGAAAGUGAAUCUUGUGAAAAUGAGGUCCCACAACUGUCAGAAAAGGACAGUGGGUUAUUUGAAAAAGAUGUCCCACAACAAUCUGAUAGACAAAGCAAGGUGUGUGAAAAUUCUGAGAAGCAAAACAAUUCCUCUGAAAAAGAACAUAUUGAAAAACACAAAGAUAUCAAUUUUCCAGCUUCACAUAGUGUUUCGGCUGAUCUUGAGGAUGUGGCAGAAAAGAGCAGACUCAGCACUCCAGAUGGUGCAGGUGCAAGAACGUGUGAUAAGGCUGUCAAAAGUGAAGGGACAAGUUUGACCACAUCAGUGGAAUCAUCUACAAAUAGUUCUAGUCACAUGGAAAGUGCAAAGAGGAGACAGACUAGUGGUGAAUCCUCAGAUUCUGGAAGUCCAGAAAUAAAACCAAAACCUUCUAAGGUGGCGAGACUGACUGAGAGCACAUUGGUACCUGAUAUUCCCAAGAGUGUAAAAACUCAUGACAUGAUAAAGAUUUGA